UUUAGGAUCCUGAAAGCGCUCAUCCGUCAGUGUGUAGAGAAGGAGGCUCGUCUUCAGACACACGGAGGAUGGACUUCACUUCACGGACACGCUAACGGAGUCUGUACAAACACAGGCGUGAAGACGUGCACAUUGCGGAUUUAAACUGUGUUGCGGUGUUUUUUUUAUCCACUACCUUUGAAAAGCAGAGUUUUUCCUUCUUCGCUGCAGAUCGUGCACGAUCCAAAAUGACUUUUACUAAAUGGCCACUGGUCGGAGCUUAGUGCUGAGCCUUCGAAGAGCACUAUGAGGAGAUGACAACAAGCAGUGUUUAAUCCAGGAAGGAUUCCUCUCCUCCGCACUAAGAGUCUGCUAACCCCGUGUAAGGACCUCUGGGAGUACAAGAAUCAAGUCAAGGACACGUUCACUCCCCUUCAGCCUGCAGGAAGGUGGGAGUGAGAAAAUAAAAGCUCUGCAGAGUCGAGAGGAGCUUAAUGAAGUCCGAGGAAUCUUAAAACAAACAUUGUGAAUUUGUGUAUGUCUACGUGAGAGGAUCCGGCAACCAUGUGGACACUAGCUGCGACUGUCCACUGUCUUCUAGCUGCUGUGCUGCUUUUGGCUAGCUGUCUGCAGUCACUGACAGCCACUGAAGAUGACGUCACACCUCGCAUCAGUUUCCCUUACAAUGCAAAGGAAAGGUCGGCCAAGAGAUUCUCUGUGGACGGCGUCUUCAAUUACACGUCUCUGCUGCUCAGCCAGGAGGACGACAUGCUGUAUGUUGGAGCCCGGGAGGCGCUGUUUGCCCUCAGCCUGUCGGACAUUAGCAAGACCAAGCUGCAGAAGAACCUGACGUGGGGCACUCCUGCUGGAAAAAGAGAGGAAUGCAGCUUCAAAGGGAAGAACCUGGAGACUGAUUGCUUCAAUUACAUCAAAAUCCUCCUGCGGCUGAACAGCACUCAUCUCUACGUGUGUGGCACAUACGCCUUCAGCCCUAUUUGCGCCUACAUUAACACAUCAACGUUCACACUGGAGAAAGAUGAAGUGGGCGAGGUCGUGAUGGAGGACGGACGCAGCCGCUGCCCCUUUAAUCCAGAAUACAAAUCCACGGCUAUCAUCGUCGAUGGUGAAUUGUACACUGGAACUGUCAGCAACUUCCAAGGGAACGAACCAGUCAUUUAUAAGAGUUUGGGUCAGGGAAUGGCUCUGAAGACGGAGAAUUCUUUAAAGUGGCUGCAAGAUCCAGUGUUUGUGGGCUCAGCUUACAUCGAGGAGAGUCAGCCAAAAGGAAACCCCGUGGGAGACGACGACAAGAUUUACUUCUUUUUUAGCGAGGCUGGAAAAGAAUUUGACUUCUUUGACAACACCAUUGUGUCGAGGAUUGCUCGCGUGUGUAAGGGGGAUCAAGGUGGUGAGCGGGUGCUGCAGAAAAAGUGGACCACCUUCCUGAAAGCCCAGCUGCUGUGUUCCCUCCCUGAUGACGGCUUCCCCUUUAACAUCAUCCAGGACAUGUUUGUCCUGAAGCCUAUGGGAGACAGCUGGGAGAGCACCGUCUUCUACGGCGUCUUCACUUCGCAGUGGUAUAAAGGAGCUUCAGGCAGCUCAGCGGUGUGCGCAUUCACCAUGGCACAGGUGGAAAGAGCCUUCAGCGGGCGCUACAGAGAGGUCAACAGAGAGACGCAGCAGUGGUACACCUACAACCACCCAGUGCCAGAGCCACGGCCCGGGGCGUGUGUGACCAACCACGCCAGGCAAAUGGGAAUCCAAUCGUCCUUGCACAUGCCUGAUAAAGUUCUCAACUUUGUCAAGGACCAUUUCCUGAUGGACAGCGUGAUCCGCAGCGCGCCUCUGCUGCUGAAACGCAGCGUGCGCUACACACAGAUCGCCGUGCACAAGAUUGAGGGCAUGGAGAGAGCGUAUGAUGUGCUCUUUAUUGGAACAGAUGAUGGAAAGCUCCAUAAAGCCAUCAAUGCCAACGAUAAGAUGCACAUCAUCGAGGAAAUGGUUCUGUUUCCCGAGCCUCAGCCUGUGCAGCACAUUGAACUGGAUCCUCAGAGGGGUCUGUUGUUUGUGUCGUCGAACUCCGGCCUGGUGGAGGUUCCUGUGGCUAACUGCUCCAACUACCUGAGCUGUGGGGAGUGUGUGCUGUCCAGAGACCCUUACUGUGCCUGGACAGGGCGGCUGUGUCGUGAUGUCAGGAUGGCUCCACCUGACAGUCACUGGCAGCAGGAUGUGGAGGAGGCCGAUACAUCAGCCAUUUGUAACAGGACAUUUCCCAGCGCCAGAGCCGCCAGACCAGCUGCCACUCGUGGCUCCCAUUGCAAGCUGAUAACGAUCCCGGCCAGCACGUUCAGAGUCCUGCCCUGUAAGCUGCGCUCUAACCUGGCUCAGAGGAAGUGGCGUUACAGCGACAGCGCCAGCCAGUUCCUCUACGCGACUCCCGAGGGGAACCUUGUUGUUGUGGCACAGGCUGACAGGAUUGAGACCUACGAGUGCUGGUCGGAGGAGGAGGGUUUCCGCCAGCUGUUAGCCAACUACUGUGUAAGGGCUGAGCCGAGGCAGGAAAGCACCACUCUGAUUGGCCACUCUCGCACGCCGCACAUUGAUCGUGAGGAGACGAUCAUCCUGCCCGGCGAGUCUCGUUCGGAGCAGGUGAACACGAAGACGUACUGGAACGAGUUGAUCGUGGUGUGCGCUCUACUGGCGUUCUCCCUCGUGGUGUUCUCUUUGUUCGUCAUCUACAGAAACAGAGAUCACAUGAAGUCCAUGCUGAAGCAUAACGAGUGCCCCAACAUGCAGCAGAAGAAGCCGAGGAUCGUGGGAAAACCUGCAGAGAGCUUACCCUUGAACGGUAACACUAUCCCGGUGUCUACUUCUGAUCACAAGGGCUACCAGACGUUAAAUGACAACUACAUCUGCAGCACACCCACCCAUGAGUCGUCGCCUGACAACAGCAAGAGCUUCUCUGAGGCGUCUGACAGGCGGCCGCUCAACCUGAAGGAGAGCCACGUGGAAUACUCGCCCACAUGCCCGCGGCCCAGAGUGAGGCUUGGCUCUGAGAUAAAAGACUCUAUCGUAUGAGAGCACAAUAUACGCUACAAAAAGAUGCCACCCUGUAUCACUAUGAAGGAUACAGGCCACAGAGCGAAGGAGAGGAGACCCCGACAUCCUUCUACAUCACAGCACACCUUUUAUUUUAGUCAUCUUUGUUCUGUGAUCAGUGCGGAGGUCAUUUCAUUUAACCAUUUCCACUCCAAAAGCCAGAGGAUGGUCUGGUUUGCUGCAUAAGGCAGGAAGAGGAUGCUGCACGAUACUCCAGUUUCAAUCAGAAUCGGGAGCCAUGGCAGCUGCUAAGAAAAAAACGUACACUUACCAUCUUUGAGUCAUUUUCAAGGGCCACUAAUGUGCAGGGCUGGGCAAUAUGGGGAGAAAGAUAAAACAGAUGAUAAUCGUCUGAUAUCAGUAUUUAUCAAAGUAUCCCUUUAGAUUUGCAAGAUUCAACAUCUCCUGCACAUAAUAUAGUUUUUGUUAUAUGUAACAAAAACAAAAGAGAAUACAUCAAAAUACUGCUUUGUCGCCCAGCCCUAUAUCAGUAUGUGUAACCCUCAUGUUUCGCAGAAGUUGGCUGCCACAUCGUCUCCACUUCUGUUAUUAUGCACACUACAACCAAGCUACAGCUACACGAUGAGCGAGAGUUCAGGUUUAGAAUAAUAUAAUAUCUACCCAUCAUUGUGAUCCACACAUCAUGGAAGAGAGUCAGAGGCACAUUUGUUCUGGAUAUAAAUGUCCUGACUGAGAGAUGACGCAGACCAGGUGAAAGCGGCACACCUUGGUUAAAUACAGCCCCUUUAGAGCUGAUCAAGGACUGCAUCUCUGAGGAGGAGGAUGAUCAAUAAAAGUGAUGGUGAACAAAGCUGCAGGGGCCUGGAGACUAACCUUUACCUCCUGAAUGUACGUUGUAGUUUAAAGAAGGUUUGUUUCAUUCAACCACUGCACCAUGGACGAUUUAGGACACCUCUUCUAGUACAUCUUGGCUCGCCUGAGAAAGCCCUGCUCUUCUGCAGGGACCAUGAUGAGCUCAGAAACUGACACAGGUUUCCUGUUUGUGGAAAACAGAGCAGACAUUUCUGUUGUGUUGCUCAAAGGGCGACGUCCACUCCUCCAUGUUCAGGGCGGCACUAGAAUCAUCAUGUGCACUGUGCCAAAAAAAAUCCCAAAUAACUUGAUUGUCUUACCCAAAUGCAAUAGUGCCAUCAAGUCAUGACCACUCCCAUGUUUUGUGUUUGCAUUGAUCACUGUUAAAGAGCACAUGGUGAUGGAACCAGAGAUGGGUUUCAGUAAAAGUAAAGAGGCACUAAUAAUAAAGAAAUAUAAAGUGCAAAAAAGGAAGUUUCUUGAAGACUGUUAUCUCAUAAUGAACAUUUUUAAGAAUGUGUCGGGCUGAAUGAUUGACUUUAAUGUUAAUUCUGAACUGGGGCUUAAGGAUGUGGCAUGAAGACUGCUUCAUAAAAAAUCUCAUCUUGUGGUUUUGAAGUGAGAAAAUGUCCCAUUUUUUUAUCUGCUGCCUUUAAAAGAGACAUCAGCAGCUAAAACAUACAGGCACAGCUACUCCGAGGCUUACAAUACUAACUGUUUGAGUUAUUAAACUCUGACGAGCCUUCACAAGAUGAAAUGAGCUUCUAAUAUCUGUCACUGUAGUGGAGAACUAACAUCUCGUAGUCUCUAGCCAGACUGCAGCUGCUAUAUAGUGACGUAGUUGCACGGAACAGCCUAAUAGCUCCGCAUUUAAGCCCCACCAGGUUACAUGUCUUACAUUCAUGGCAUUCACCAAACUCAGUUGUCAAGGUGACGUUAAUGUGAAAGCACAAGUAAUCAGGGUCUUGAAUACUUACAGGUUUGCACAUGUCAGAAAAAAUUGAGUCACUUCAAAGAAAUGCAACUACUGAGAGACAGAAGGUGUGGCUGCUUUGAAGCAAUCAGUUAUAACAGGGACCAGUGCAGCCAUUACGAACACUCUGGCACCCACAUCUCUUAGACUUUUGAGACUUAACAAGCAGAACUUUCCAAAGAUGUAGGAAGCUGACAGUGUUGUGUAAAUCUAAAUGCGAAACAUUUACACGGCCCUAUGGAGGAUAUGACACCACAUGUCUUAGAAUACAUCACCAAUUCACUGUAUUGAUUAAGUAAACCUACAGUAUAUAUUCAAGUGUCAUACAGAAUCAACAUUUUGCUAUUUCAAACACUGAGCAGAUGACAAAAUGAAAUGUUACUGCUACAAGUUGACAAAGUAAUUGCACAGCAUACUGCGCAACAGUGGUCAGUGUUUCAGUUUUUCUUUCCUUUUUGUUGUGUAUAUAAAGUAUCUGUGCUUAAUAUUGAGUGUUUUUAAGGGACCUUGUGCAAGAUGUGUUGUAGAGAUAGUCUUGAAACUAGAGAGUGAACACUGCUGAUAUUUUGUUUUUAGUGCUUUACUGCCUAUUUCAGCAUACAUUUCAAGUCUGGCACUGAAGAGUGCGCAUUUCUCCAGAUGGUUGUCUAACAAGCAUGUCAAAGCAGGAGGAGCUCUGGUUUAUGAUCAUGACCAAAGGGUAGUAAGGUGUUUUAGGAAACUGCCAUAUUCCCUUUCUCUCCAAGAGCCAGAUGACAGUAUUGACACUAAUCUCACAAAUUUGUGUUAAAGCUCCUCUGAGGAACUUUACGUUUGUUACACUUUUGGUUCCCUCUGUGGACCCCAAAAUAUCUCAUACUGCUCCUUUAACAGCAAAAUAUAUCACAUGUAAAUCUUUGCCCUGGAACAUGGGAAAAAAGGCCGUAUUAGUAUUAAUCACCUGUUCUGACACCUUAGUUUAGCUUAGUCUAGCUUAGAGACUGGAAACAGCUUCCCUGGCUCUGAACAAACAUAACGAAACACCCUCAGUUCUUUACAUCCUUCUACCCAGGAAACCAAUCCAAACUACAGGAGGUCCCUGCCACCAGCCUAAAAAUACUCCUGCACUAAACUAGCAGUAAAACUGCAACUCGUCUUCUUUUUCCCAUUUUUUUAUUUAAAAAAGACACAAAGUAUUGCUAAUAUUUAUAAAAUUACACAGGCUAAUUUGCUAUAUUUGGAUGGAAUUGGACCAGCCUUUUCUUUCUUUUUGUAGUCUUUAUGCUAAGAAAACUGUCUAAUAGUUGCUACAUGUUCAGCAGACCAGCAUGGCGGAUUUUCUCCUCUUUCUCUUGACAUGAAAAGAAAAGGUUUAUUUCCCAAAAGCUCUGCCAAUUAAAUGUAGUCUGAUUAUGUUAAAAAAAAAAACUGGCAAACUGGGAAUAAUAUU